AUGGAAAUCGAAAUCCCGGCUAUCCAUCCAGCAGUAGCAGUCAAGGCUCCGAGAGAGCCUCUGAUCCUCAUCGAUGCCCCGACAUAUCCACCCGACGCCGGCGAGGUCAUUGUCCAGGUAGAAUGGACCUCCUCCACGCCCUAUCAUCUGCACCAAGCAGAUGGCGGCCUAUUGAUCGACAUGUUCCCCCGCAUCCUGGGCGACACCUUUGCAGGGACGGUACUCCUAGUCGGACCCGGGCCGCACCACGUCGACCUCGAAGUCGGAGACAAAGUUCUGGGGUACUCAUUCCGCGACGACAAGGACGGCAAGGAAAAGGCUGCUCAAACCCUCAUCACCGUCCCCACUUUCUUGCUGGGGAAGAUGCCCAAGGGGCUGACGAUGCAAGAAGCCGUGACUGUGCCCGACAACAUCGUUACUGUCUUCCAGGCCGCUGUUGAUCUCGCACUGCCGCUCCCGUGGCCUAUCCCGGAAGGGUGGACACCCCCGGAAGCGGAUGCGCCGAUCCUGUUGUGGGGCGGAUCCGGAUCAGUUGGCAUGUACUCCAUCGAGGUGUUCCGGCACUGGGGGUACAGGAAUCUCAUCGUGGUUGCGAGCGGGAAACACCACGAGUACCUCACCUCGCUAGGCGCGACGGUUUGCUUCGACUAUCGAGAUAAGCACGUCGUCCAGAGCAUCCGGGAUCAUCUAGGCCCCAAGGGUGUCCCCUAUGUUAUUGAUUGCAUUGGACACUUGUCAGGAUCUCUCGGACCCAUUACCCAUUUGGCGGACCGAGGCACCAAGGUUGCGGUCAUGCUCCCCGUCGUCAUCAAAGACCCGACAGAAAUCGAAGCUCCUGUGUAUCAGAUGACGGAGCCCGCAGAAGGGCAAUGGAAAGAAGGUGUUGUCGUGAAAGGUGUCAGAACACAUUUCUAUCUCAAGAACAAAUUAUUCAAGGACAAGAUGCAAUGUGAGAUAAUACCAUCAUUGCUGGAGCAAAAGGUGGUGAGGCCAAACCCGCAAAGGAUAGUCGAAGGAGACACAUUACUGGAGCGGGCUCAAGAUGCCAUUGUGCUCCUGCGGAACAAGGCUGUGAGUGGCGAGAGACUUGUUUGGAGAGUGUCAGAGAAUGAAGCAAUUGUUUAG